AUGGUAUUGGUUCCGUCUAGAUUGGUCUUAAAUGUUAUGGAAGAGAUUAUCAACCGGGACAAACGUGUGCCACCACCUCAAAUCAAGUGUGCACCAACUAAAGAAAUUCUAGAAGCAAGAAAAAAAAAGGAGAUCAGUUUAGGGGGUGUAAGUGCAUUUCACAUUUCUGAAUGCUUUGGAAGAAAUGGCGGAGGAUGUUCCAGCCACGCCAGAGUCGACUGUUUCGGACGCGCCAGUUUUGAUUAUGUUCGACUCUCAACUUGCUGUCAAGUGUGGAAAAACAAAUAUUCAAAGGCUGAAAGGGGACGAGUUUGUCUAAAGCAAGCAGUUCGUUUGCUCGAAAAAGGAUGUGAUAAUAUCCAAGCGGAGAAUUUAGCUCUCAAGCAAGCCUAUGAAGAAAAGCAGACACGGACAAAUGUAGAGAAAGAAGGCAGAGAAAAAGAAUCGGCUUUAAGAGUUUCAUUAGAGAAUGAAAUAUCUGUUCUGAAGUCUGAGAUAUCCAACUUAAAGCAAAAAGGAGUUUCGGAUGUUGAAGAUAAAAUUGGAGAAAUAAAACUUCUUAGAGCUACUGUUUCUGUCAGGGAUAAGGAAAUAAGCUGGCUCAAGGAGCUUGUUGAGAAUGAUAAGAAAAGGGUAGAUUUGGAAAAGAAAAAUGCUGCUUAUGCACCAGCACGUACUGCAACUGAGUGUAAGGCUGGUGAAGAAUAUAGGCUAAAGCAAUUGGAGACGCUAAGGAAAGAGAUCAGUAAAGCAAAAUCCAAGUUGGCUUUAGAGAAGUCAAAGCUGGAUGAGGAAACCAAGAAGCUAGAAGAAGAGAAAAAGAAGGCAGUUGAAGAAAGAAAACUUGUCGAUUUAGAGAUGGCUAAAGCAAGGGAGUUGAGGAAGAUUGCAGAAGAAACUAAGAAAAAGGCAGUUGGAGAAAGAAAACUUGCUGAUAUAGAGAUGGCAGAAGCAGCAGAGCAAAGGAAGAUUGCUGAAGAAAACAUGAAGAAGGCUGUUGAAGUAAGAAAACAAGCUGAGUUUGAGAUGGCUGAGGCAGAGGAGCAAAGGAAGAUUGCUGAAGAAACUAAGAAGGCUGUUGAAUAGGCCAAACUAGAGGAGCAAAGGAAGAUGGCUGAAGAAACUAAGAAGGCUGUUGAAGAGGCUAAACUAGAGAAGCGUAGGAAGACUGUGGAAGCAACUAAGAAGAAAGCUGUUGAAGAGAAGCUUCACAAUAACAAUUUGACCAAACAGCUAGAUGAGGCUAGAAGAAGCAAUAAAGAACUACAUAAGCAGUUACAUGAACUUUCUGGCUCUAGAAAUAUGGGGAAUAGUCCUUUUGACCAACCUGAUCAAAUGGUUGCUGCAAAAACAGAAAAGACAGCACAAUUCAAGGUUUUGAAGGCAGAUACAGAGAAGUCAAGGGCAGUUUCUGGGUCUGUGCAGUUGGAUAUUGAGAAAGAGAAGACUAUUCGUGAGAGAAAAGAAACAGAUUCAAAAACAAGGAAAGCAGAAAAGAAAAGAAAGUUUGUGGAUGAGAAUACGAAGAAGACUAUGAAAGGAGAACACUGCGGUGAUUAUCUAUCAAAGCUGUUGGAAGAUGCAAACUUGAAAAUUAAUGAAUUGCAGAAGCAGAUACAUGAAUUUUCAUCCAACAGAGAAAUGGAUGAUGCAUUGGUUGUUUCAUCUAACAAUGGAAUUAGUGCUGAAGUAGCAGAAUUGAAGCUUUUGAAAAAACAACUUAAGCUUGAGAAGGAAAGAGUAAAGCAUGCAAAAUAUGUGGCUAGGUUGGAAAGAAAUCGUACUAGUCUUUUGCAACAAUAAUUAGGUUGCACGAAGCUCGAGUUGAUUAAAGUUUUGAACUGUUUGGAUGCACUGGAUAAUUGUUUCUCAGCUCCAGCUGAAGGUUUAUUUGACAUGGAAAAGCAUACAGGUUUUGGCGUUUGAUUCUAUACUUUGCUACUCGUUGGUUUUUCAGACUGAAGAUUACCUGAUGGCUCUUUAUUUUUAUUGAACUGGCUGGGGGCUCUGCAAGUAUGCAAUGGACGAAGUU